GAAAAGAUAAAAUAAAAUAUGCUCCCAGCUGAGUUCAGUAGUACAGGGAACACUGUGGACUCUUAUGUAAUGGGGAAUGCUGCAGACUCUGAUGUAAGGGGGAAUGCUGAAGACUCUGGUUUAACCCUUUGUGUGUAUGUGACUCAGGGGCGGACUGACCAAUUGGAAAUUCGGGCACUGCCCGAGGGCCAGGAGUCAGUAGGGGGCCCCAUGAGAUGCCCCUGGUACCUUUUUCAUAGGCUUUUUUGAGUUUGGGCAAGGACACAGAGGCCCCAUGAUCCCCUGUUGCCCGGGGGCCCCAUGAGUUGUCAGUCCACCCCUG